AUGCGAAUAUUUAUGUGAGACGAUUUGGCUUGUUGAAAUGGUUUAUGGCAACGUCAACAAAACAAAUUAAUCGAGCUACUGCCAAAGAAACCAUCAGUGCUAUUCCGGGAUUUCUUAUCGGCGGGGCAGCAGCAUGCGCUGCAGUCACAUUCACAAAUCCUUGGGAGGUUGUGAAAACAAGGCUACAACUUCAAGGAGAAUUGGCUCGUAAUAAUACAACUUACGUAAAGCCAUACAAAAAUAUUUUUCAAGCCUUUUAUAUAAUUUUGAAAAAGGAAGGGGUUCAUGGAAUUCAAAAAGGAAUAGGUCCUGCAUAUUCAUACCAGCUUGUGAUGAAUGGUUCGCGUCUUGGACUUUAUGAUCCAAUACGAAAUUAUUUAGAAUCAUUUUUUAAUGUACCCUCUAACACAUCCAUGCCAAUCAGCAUUCUCUCAGGUGGACUCGCCGGGGUUAUUGGUGCGGCGCUUGGUUCUCCUUUAUACUUAGUUAAAACAAGAAUGCAAUCCUACUCGAAUCGUAUGGCAAUAGGACAUCAACAUAAUUACCAGAAUACUUUCAGUGCUCUAUCUCAAAUAUGGAGAUCGGGGGGUAUCAGAGGAUUGCUAACUGGUGCUGAUGCUGCGAUGAUAAGGACUGGUGUUGGUUCAGCGACACAACUUUCAAGCUAUUUUUACGUGAAACGAUGGAUUAUCAAAAAUACCGGGAUGGGAGAUGGCGACAUUUUAGUGCAUAGUAUCGCUAGUAUGACAUCUGGACUUUGUGUCUGUAUAACUAUGAAUCCAUUUGACGUCGUUAGCACACGUAUGUACAACCAAAAGGAAGGAAGGUAA